AUGCCCUCAGCCUCCGCAAGCAUACAUAGUCUCCGAGAGAAAAUUUCUGAUGCGGAGAAUGAAUUGAAAAAACUGAGAGAGCAGUUGGCUUGUUUGGAGGCCCAAGAUGGCAUCGCGGAUUUAGAGCUGAACGAGGGGGGUAACGUGACUGAGGAGUCGAACUCAAAGUGGCCACUGGAAGAGGAGGAGUAUAAGAGAUAUGGGAGGCAGAUGAUUGUUCCUAGUGUUGGGAUCCAAGGCCAACUACGUCUCAAAGCCGCUUCAAUCCUAAUCGUCGGGGCAGGAGGCCUAGGCUGUCCUGCUGCGGCCUACCUCGCUGGUGCCGGCAUAGGCACCAUCGGCAUCGUAGACGGCGAUGAAGUUGAGACCUCGAAUCUCCAUCGCCAGAUCCUGCACAACACUGCUAAAGUCGGCAUGAAGAAAUACAGAACCUACACAGAGCAUCUCACUCCCCAAAAUUGCGCUGAGAUAGUCUCUCAAUAUGACCUCCUGCUCGACUGCACCGACCACCCUACUUCCCGUUACCUCAUCUCUGACAUCAGCGUCCUGCUGGGCAAACCGAUCAUUUCAGCAUCAGCGUUACGCACAGAUGGACAGCUUAUCGUAUUGAAUUCGCCUCCUCUCGCGCCUGGCAAUGAAGCCGGUGGGCCGUGCUACAGAUGUGUGUUCCCCAAGCCACCGCCUGCGGAAAGCGUUGUCAGCUGUGGAGAUGGCGGCAUUUUGGGACCGGUGGUGGGUGUGAUGGGAGUGCUGCAAGCGCUCGAAGCUAUCAAGUUGAUUGUGGGGGGCAAAUUGAAGGCAGUGCCCGAGCAGACCGAGACUGCUGUUGCGGCCACAAUGCUACUGUUUUCGGCGAAUAGUAGUCCUGCGUUUAGAAGUGUAAGGUUGAGGGCUAGGAGGCCGAAAUGCUUUGCUUGUUCGUCUGAGGCUGGACUUACGUUGGAAAGCAUGACGAGUGGCAGUCUGGAUUAUGUCUUGUUCUGCGGAGUCAGCUCGCCUGGCAACCUCCUUAAUACGGAGGAGAGGGUCGAAGCAAAGGAAUAUCAUGAUGUGAAGGGGAAUCAUCACCUGUUGAUUGAUGUCAGGGAGAAGGUGCAAUUCGAUAUUUGUAGCCUUGAAGGCUCGAUUAAUGUCCCAUUCUCGACAUGGCGCGGCAACUGGGAACUUCCUCCUAAUGGGGAGAUUCCAGCUUGGUUGCCGAGAAGAUUGCCGGAUGAUGCACCCAUCUAUGUUGUGUGUAGACUUGGCAAUGAUUCCCAGGUUGUUGCAAAGAAACUGAAACAUAGCGGGUUGGCUGGUAAGGGAAGGUAUAUCGGGGAUAUUAGGGGUGGACUCAAGGCUUGGAAAGAGCAGGUUGAUAACUCGUGGCCGGAAUACUAA